AUAUUAAUUUAUGCUUUCUCAGUAAUAAAACUCAGUCUUGUAAGACAUAAGAAUUCACACAUACAGCUGGCCAUGGUGGCACAGGUUUAGAAUCCUAGCCCUCUGAACGCUGAGGCAGGAGGAUCCAUGAGUUUGAGGCCUGCCUGUGUACAUAGCACAGCCCUAUUUCAGUCAUGUUCCCCACAUCACACACACACAUACAUGUACGGAUGUACUGAUGACACCUGUCUAAACACACGUCUACUCAAUGCGUAUUUUCAUCCACAUUUUCACAAAUACUGCUCAUUUUUAUGCUUCUGUAGGUGUGCUCACACCCACAAGUAAAUGCACACACUCUUACGGAAUUCUCUGUUCACUUCUUGGCCCCUGCUCCACAUGAUGACUUCAGCAGAUGCCUAAGUCUUGGUCAUCAGCAGCCUUGGGACUGGGAGGGAGUUCCGGGUUGGAGGCUUGCUGUCCCUUUCGGGAAGGAGCUGUACUGGGGAGGUGGAGCCAGCUUACUUGAGAUCCCACCAGAGGUGGUGGAGCCCCAUAGGGGUUACUCUGAAGAGUAACUGAAGCAGGAAGGUUUGUAAAGGUUGACACUUGGCCGGGGCCUGUGUAGGCUCCCUUAGUCCUGAGUGGAUGGCAGAAGCUAGGAGUUGUCAUGGAAACAAGCAUAGCCAGCAUCAACCUCUGGGAGGUAGGAGACCCCAGAGGGCACCUGUGGGUUCCUCAGACCUGUGAGCUUUCCUGUUUGGCCAGCUCCACCCUUGCUGCCUCCGUGUCUGGGAGAAACUGAGGCCCAGCAGUGGGAGGCUGGACACUGCCUGGCUGUGGCUCUUUGUUCCCUAAUUACCAUCUGAGUUGGUGAUGGCAUCCUUGACGUGUUCUCUGCCCAAACAGCCCAGUAACGAGGCCACCUGUCCCAGGAGAGUAGGGCCCUGUACUGGGAGCUAGUAGUUAGGGAUCUCUGCCCAGUCCGAGUUUUGGCCUUUAUAGGGGAUGCAGGUUAGGGCUUAAGACUGGGUCUUCCCUGCCAGGGAACCUGCAUAGCCUCCUGGGUCCCCUGUUCCUUCAUCAUCUCUGGCCGAAUUAUUCCUUAGCCUUGUCCAGACUAGAGCUGGGUAGUGAGUGGUGUAGGGCCCAGGGAAAACGGAGGUUCCUGCCAGUUCCUGGAGAGGAAGCCUUGUUACUAUGCUGGGAGUGUGCUGCCUGGAGGAGGGGGUCAGGAGCAGGCCUAUGGGGAGAGAACUCAAGGUGUAGGGGCUCUGACACCAAUGCCCUGCUCACAGGUUGCCCUGGAGGCCCCUGGCCAGGCCUGAGGCUCUGCCACCAUGGCCAUUGUACACACACUGCCAGUGCCACUGGAGCCCGCACGUGAGACAGCCACUGCCCCACAAGCUCCAGCCAUGGGCAGCGUGAGCAGUCUUAUCUCGGGCCGGCCCUGUCCCGGGGGAUCUGCUCCUCCACGCCACCAUGGUGUCCCUGGGCCCACCUUCUUCCGCCAGCAGGAUGGGCUGCUACGGGGUGGCUACGAGGCACAGGAACCACUCUGCCCAGCUGUGCCACCCAGGAAGGCUGUCCCAGGCACCAGCUUUACCUAUAUCAAUGAGGACUUCCGGACAGAGUCACCUCCCAGCCCCAGCAGUGACGUUGAAGACCCGAGAGAGCAGCGGGCACACAAUGCCCACCUCCGUGGGCCCCCACCAAAGCUCAUCCCUGUCUCUGGGAAGCUGGAGAAGGCGUUCGGAGCGCGGCAGAGGCACUGGCCACGAGAGCGGGAGGACUGUGCAGCCCAGGCGCAGCAGGCCACGCAGCGUGUCCAGCGGGCCCAACAGCUGCUGCAGCUGCAGGUGUUCCAGCUGCAGCAAGAGAAGCGCCAGUUGCAGGAUGACUUCGCACAGCUGCUUGAGGAGCGAGAGCAGCUGGAGCGUCGCUGUGCUACCUUUGAGCGGGAGCAGCGGGAACUCGGGCCACGGCUGGAGGAGACCAAAUGGGAGGUCUGCCAGAAAUCGGGUGAGAUCUCUCUGCUGAAGCAGCAACUGAAGGAAUCUCAGGCAGAGCUGGUACAGAAGGGCAGCGAGCUGGUGGCACUGCGGGUGGCCCUUCGAGAGGCCCGGGCUGCCUUGCGGGUCAGCGAGGGCCGAGCCAGGGGCCUGCAGGAGGCAGCCCGAGCUCGGGAGCUGGAGCUGGAGGCCUGCUCCCAGGAGCUACAGCGGUAUCGCCAGGAGGCCGAGCGGCUCCGGGAGAAGGCUGGGCAUUUGGAUGCGGAGGCAGCAGGACUCCGGGAGCCCCCUGUGCCCCCUGUGCCCCCAGCCACCACCGACCCUUUCCUCCUGGCAGAGAGCGAUGAGGUUAAGGUGCAGCGGGCAGCAGCGGGAGCAGGAGGGAGCCUGCGGGCUCAGGUGGAGCGGCUUCGUCAAGAGCUGCAGCGCGAACAGCGGAGAGGGGAUGAGCAGCGGGACAGCUUUGAGGGGGAGCGGCUGGCCUGGCAGGCGGAGAAGGAGCAGGUGAUCCGCUACCAGAAGCAGCUGCAGCACAACUACAUCCAGAUGUACCGGCGUAACCGGCAGCUGGAGCAGGAACUGCAGCAGCUCAGCCUGGAGCUGGAGGCCCGGGAGCUCGCCGACCUGGGCCUGGCCGAACCAGCCCCCUGCAUCUGUCUGGAGGAGAUCACUGCCACCGAAAUCUAGGCUUGGCAAGGGCCACAAGCCACAAGACCAUCUGGGUCCCAGGACUCUGAGCACUCCAGGUCUCCCAGCCGAAGGGCCUCUGCCAAGCAUUCGGGUGGCCUUGUGACUUGAAGGAGCAAGAUCAGACCCCUUGAAGUUCCAUUCACUGUCCCCAGAGGCUCCUACCCACUCCACCAUUUCACUCCCCAGCGGCCAGUGCCACUGCCAGCCCUGUGUGUCCCCAGAUGUCUGCCAGCCCACUCCAGCUGGGAAGAGAAAGGGGCUACCCCAUCUCCACAUUCUACCUGCCUGAAGCCAGAGAGAGCCAGAAUGGCACCAGCUGCUCCAGAUGUGCCUGCCCCCAACAUGCCCAGGUGGAGGGACAGGGCUAGGACUGGGGUCUGAUCCCCAUGUCCCAGCUCUGCGAGCCUCUUCUGGACUGAGGGGGCUGAAGUCAGACCAAAGGAAGAACUCAGCAAUGUCUUGUUUAUUUGUGUUUGUGACCAAGCAGCCCCUCCCAAUACCAGGUUUAUGGCCUCGUUUUCACUUGUAUAUUUUUCACACUGUAAAUUUCUUGUACAAACCCAAAGAAAAAAUU